GACAACGACAAGCAGAUGAUAUCCAACCUCCUGGCCUUCCGAGCAAAGCUGGACGAGUGCAUCAACACAGCCUGUGAUGGGAACGAGUCGUACCGCUACAAGCUCAAGGAAGCCUGGGAAGCUUUCCUCAACGCAAGACACAACCGGCCGGCGGAGCUGAUGGCGAAGUUCUUGGACGUGAAGCUCAAGGGGGAGAAGGGUACGUCGGACGACGAGGUGGAAGCCGUCCUCGACAGGGUCAUGGUGCUAUUCAGGUAUCUGCAAGGGAAAGACGUGUUCGAAGCAUUCUACAAGAAGGACCUGGCCAAAAGAUUGCUGCUCGGGAAGAGCUCCAGCUUCGACUUGGAGAGGUCCAUCAUCUCCAAGCUCAAGACGGAGUGCGGAAGUGCGUUCACGUCAAAGCUGGAAGGAAUGUUCAAGGACAUCGACCUCAGUCGAGACCUGAUGACGACGUACUCGCACCACCUUAAGACUAAGCUUCACGACAGGACAGUGUUCAAGCUCGACAAGAGCAGGGAAAUGGAUCUGCACGUGCAGGUGUUGACGACCGGCUAUUGGCCAGGGUACCCCGCUAUGGAGGUGGGAAUGCCGGACGAGAUGAAAGAGCACGUCGAGUGCUUCAAGUGCUACUACCAGAACAAGUACCAGGGUCGGCGGCUUGUGUGGCAACCGGUGUUGGGCCAGUGCAUCUUGAAGGUGGCCUUCCCCAAGGGCCGCAAGGAGCUCGCGGUGUCCCAGCUUCAGACUCUGGUCCUGUGGUGCUUCAGCACGGACGAUGAGGUGUCGUUCGCGGACGUGAAGGCCAAGACUGCCAUCGAAGACGGCGAGCUACGGAGAACACUUCAGUCGCUCGCCUGCGGGAAGGUAAGGGUGCUUCACAAGGAGCCAAGAGGGCGAGAGGUGAACGACGGCGAUAAGUUUCUGUUCAACAAAGACUUUACGGCGAAGCUGCACCGCAUCAGGAUCAACAGCAUCCAGCUCAAGGAGACCUCGGAAGAAAAUGAAAAGACCCACGAGGCCGUAUUCAGAGACCGGCAGUACCAGGUGGACGCUGCGAUCGUGCGCAUCAUGAAGGCGCGUAAAAACCUGGCGCACACGAUGCUCAUGAGCGAGCUCUUCUCCCAGGUCAAGUUCCCCGCGACGCCUGUGGACCUCAAGAAGAGGAUAGAGUCCCUGAUAGAGCGGGACUAUCUCGAGAGAGACCCCAACAAGCCCGGCGACUACCGGUACCUCGCAUGACCACGGGCUGUGGCGAGGGGGGGGUAUAUUGCAUUUUUUGUUGGUUCGGAAGAUGUUUAACUUAUCCGCUUGAGCUCUCGACAUCUGGACCGGCGUCCGGUUGUUGACACAUGGCAGGUAUUGAUUCCGGCAAGAUGGGCGGGGGGGAGGGGUCGCUGUAUCAGUUCUUAGGGGGGGGGGUGGUUGCGGGGCGGGACUUUGCUUGUCAUGUCCGCGGGCGCGGCGUUGGUGUUGGGCCGCUGCGAGUUUCCAAUAACACGUACAUGGGGGGUGAAUUUGAUCGUUUUUUUUUCUAAUCGGGCAGGGAUCUUUUGCUGAGCGGACGGGCGGGUGUUGCUGACUGGGCGGGCGUCUUUUGCUGAAAUAAUAGACAGGCGUUGCACCGCGUGGAAGGCUAAGGCCUAUGGUGGAGUUGGUUUUGGUUGGCCGACUGGUGCAGUACCACCGCUGCUUGGAGAGCGAGAGCAAUCGGGCUGCUUCGACCGAGGCAGGUUGAUUGAUUGCCGUGGUCUGUCUGAUGGGUCUGUCUGGUGGGUCUGUCUGAUGGUGUGUCCUUUCGUAAGGCGAUGGGCCCACUGCCUGACGGUGGGAUGUCUCACUCCUUUCGCGGUAGUGUGGAUUGGCGAUGUUUAUUUCGAAGCUUGCUAUUUUGGUUUUACUACUUGUAAACCUUGCUAUGUUGGUUUUCCUUAACAAACUAGGGUUCGUUUGUUGCCACACAGUAUUGUAGUCUUGGGGGGAUGUUGGCAGGCCAUGGCUCUCGAUCUGUGUUUUCGGUAGAGGUUGUGUGUUUUAAGUACCAUAGUGAUUUUCACCAUCACGGGAUUUUCGGUUGGAGAGCGCCCGUUUCGGCGUGCUCUCCAAGACAAAGCCCGCCACACUGCCAAAGAACAGGGAAAACGCCCACCCACACGACGUACUGCUGUGUGAUUGGGUCGCUUGUGGCAGUUUUCCAAGAACGGUUGGAAGGUCUUCUUCCCCCCUCUCCCAGCGUGUACAGUGUAGCCCUUCCGUGUGAAGUCAUCCAGCGAGGUGACAGCAUCAUCCCGGAUCCCUAUAGGGUAUCCUUGGCAGCGAGGGCAACAAACGCACCUAUGCGCCAUCCCGAUCGAUUGCACAAGUAAGAUGGACCGAUCGACCGCUCCUCGAAGAGGGUGCGAUGGAAAACCAACCCGAUCGUCCACACGUGCAAGGAAACCAGUAUUCCAUGACCUCUCGAUUAGUUCGUGCAGGUCUAACUAAAAGGCGAUGAUUGCUCUCAGCUAUGGUGGAUAUACGGCCAAGCAACCACUUGGUGUCAUCAUCCCAUCUGCUCCUACAAACUCAAUCGUCGUCUUAUCUACUCUCACUUGCGGUAAUCUCGAUCAGCGGCCAAUGCCAUCAAGGGCCCCUCUCCCCCAACCACCCCUCCCGAGUCCUCCCAG